AUGCUAGUGUUUGAUGUAGGGAUGCACAACCCAAGAGCAUGGACAUUUAUUUCAGACAAACAAAAGGGGCUAGUUGAAUCUAUACACACGGUAUGCGAGGGAGCAGAACACAGAUGUUGUGCAAGACAUUUGUACAGUAAUUUCACUCUUAGCCAUAAGGGUUUGACUCUAAAAGUUGCAGCCAGGGCGACCACAGUGCCUGAAUGGAGAACUGUGAUGAAUGAUAUAAAAGAUGCCAGUGAAGAAUCUGCCCAAUGGAGUAGAUCACACUUCCAGGACCACUCAAAAUGUGAUAUAUUGCUGAAUAACUUGUGUGAGGCAUUCAACUCAUCUAUUUUGGUUGCUAGAGAGAAGCCUAUAUUAUCAAUGCUUGAGAAGAUUAGACAUCAGCAUAUGCUCAAAAUGAAUGCUAAAAGAGAGGCGGCUGAAAAAUGGGAUCAUCGUUUUGGUCCAAGAAUUAUGAAUAUCAUUGAACAAGCUAAAUCAAAUGCAAGAUUUCUUAAAGCGGACUAUGCAGGACCUGAGAAAUUUGAGGUCAGUAGUAGGGAUGGAAUGAGAUUGGGUGUGGACUCGAUGAAGAAUGAGUGUGCUUGUAGAAGAUGGCAGUUAACAAGCAUUCCAUGUCAACAUGCAAUUGCAGGAAUGCUAUCUAGAAACAUUGGCAUACUAGAUUAUGUUGAUGUAUGUUAUCAAAAAAUGGGUUAUUUGAGGUCAUACACUCCAGUUAUUCAGCCGAUGUCAGGACCAGAACUAUGGCGAGAAUUGGGGAAGCAUCCUUUGAAUCCACCUGCGAAUAGAAAGCAAGCUCGGAGGCCAAAAAAGUUGAGAAAAAGAUCACAAAUUGAACUCCUUGCUGGAGUGAAGAUGGGUAGGAGUGGUAUGAAGACGACUUGUAGGAGAUGUGGGGAUGCUGGCCAUAACAAGAGGACGUGCAGAGAUAAUCUUCCUACAGAUCAGCCUUCGCAAGCACAGUCACAGCCUUCACAGCCGCAGUCACAGCCACAACUUUCGCAUCAAAAGAAAAGGGAGUCUACAUCCAAGAAGUCCAAGGAAAAAGGCACAAAUUGA